CCUUAUAUAAUAAUAUCUCUAUUUCUCUAUCACAGUUGAAUAUAACAAGUCAAAACAGCCAUCCUUCAGUUUUGGCUAACAUUGAAUCCCCCUGUUCCCUCCUCUCACUCUGCCAUCUAAUUAUCUCUGAGCCGUCGCCGGGAGAAAUACUCUAUGUCGAUUGCGUCUCCGUAUUCAGCUGCUGCACUAGUCGUCGCCGUUCUUUAUGCUGUUUCCAUCGCCGGUGUCGUCCAAGUAGCACUUGCCCAGAAUCGGACUCGUGCUACCACUGAUCCCGACGAAGCAAGAGCAUUGAACGCCAUUUUCGAGAGAUGGGGAAUCGAAGCGCAACCGGGGCAAUGGAACAUAAGCGGCGAGCUCUGCAGUGGAUCGGCGCUGGGUGCAAGCCCCACCAUCGACGAGCAAGCUUUCAACCCUUUCAUCAAAUGCGACUGCACUUUCAAUUCCUCCACCGUCUGCCGCAUCACCGCCCUGAAAGUAUCGUCUAUGGAUAUUGCUGGUCCAAUCCCUGAUGAGCUGUGGAGUCUCACCUUGCUCACCAAUCUGAACUUGGGUCUGAAUUUCCUGUCUGGAACCUUGUCUCCAUCCAUUGGCAAUUUGACGCGUAUGCAGUGGCUGAAUUUGGCCACUAAUCAAUUCACCGGGCCUGUGCCUAGGGAGAUUGGGUUGCUUACUGAUUUAAGAUCAUUUGGUUUCGGGUCAAACAACUUCACAGGUUCCUUGCCGUCUGAGCUGGGGACUUUGUCAAGGCUUCAACAAAUGUAUUUUGAUAGUGCUGGAGUUAGCGGCCCAAUUCCUUCGACGUUUGCUAAUUUAACCAACAUGGAGACUGUAUGGGGAUCAGAUAAUGCUCUUACAGGCCCUAUUCCUAGUUUCAUAGGGACUUGGAGAAGGCUAACAACUUUACGGUUUGAAGGAAACUCGUUUAGCGGUCCAAUACCAUCAUCCUUCUCCAACUUAACCAAUUUGACAGAGUUACGGAUAGGUGGUAUUACGAAUGGAACCUCUUCUCUGGGAUUCAUUAGGGGCUUGACUUCCCUAUCCACCUUGGUCCUGAGGGACAGUAGUAUAGCUGGUACAAUUCCAUCCGACAUAUGGGGGGACUAUCCGAAUUUGGGAUUUCUGGACUUGAGCUUCAAUCGUCUCACUGGAACAAUCCCAGCCACAGUUUUCAAUAUGAGCUCUCUCACUUUCUUGUUUCUUGGGAAUAACAGCUUGAAUGGUACUCUUCCUGCUCAGAAAAGUGCUUCACUUGUCAAUAUCGAUGUUUCAUACAAUAACAUAGGAGGGCCCUUGCCUUCUUGGAUAAAUGGAAGAAAUCUUCAGCUGAACAUAGUAUUCAACAACUUCACAAUAGAUCCUUCAAACACUAAUGGCCUGCCUACCGGGAUUAACUGUCUUCAACAAGGAUUCCCCUGCAACAGAAAUAGUCCAAUAUAUUCCCAAUUUUCAGUGAAGUGUGGUGGUCCAGCCAUUACAACCGCCAGUCCUCGGCUAACCUUCGAAAGGGACAAUGAGACUCUUGGUCCAGCAACAUAUUUCGUGACCCCAACAAACAGAUGGGGAGUCAGCAACGUUGGCUUGUUUGCAGGAAACAACAAUCCUCAGUACACAUCAUUUUCUUCCUCUCAGUUCACCAACACUCUAGACUCGGAGCUGUUUCAGACGGCACGUCUCUCUGCUUCAUCUCUGAGGUACUAUGGCAUGGGGCUUGAGAAUGGCAACUACAGCGUCACACUUCAGUUUGCUGAGACUGCCAUUGAGAAUGGUAACACUUGGAGGAGUCUCGGAAGAAGGAUGUUUGAUGUCUAUAUCCAGGGAACUCGUGUUUUGAGGGAUUUCGACAUAAGAAGUGAGGCAGGAGGAGUCUCGACCCGGGCUGUUCAGAGACAGUUUACUGUCCGGGUUUCGGAGAAUUACAUGGACAUCCAUUUGUACUGGGCCGGAAAGGGUACUUGUUGCAUUCCUGCACAAGGUGUAUAUGGCCCUUCUAUUUCAGCAAUCAGUGCUCUCCCAGAUUUCGUACCAACUGUUAGCGACAAUCCUCCACGCACAGACAGUGGUGGAAAUGACAACAAGACAGGGAUGAUCGUUGGGAUUAUCAUAGGUGUCUUGGUUCCAUGCUCGAUAUUAGCUAUUGUAAUGAUCAUUAUUAUUCGGAGAAAGAGAAGACAAAGAGCCUUCGAAGAUGAAGAGCUCCAAGGGAUUGAUACCAGACCUUACACUUUCAGUUACGCCGAGCUGCGGGGGGCCACUCAAGACUUCAGUCCUUCUAACAAGCUUGGAGAAGGAGGAUUUGGACCCGUUUACAUGGGAAAGCUUGAUGACGGUAGAGUAAUUGCAGUGAAGCAGUUGUCAGUUCAAUCUCACCAAGGAAAGAGCCAGUUCAUCACAGAGAUUGCCACCAUAUCUGCUGUACAGCAUCGUAACCUUGUGAAGCUGUACGGAUGCUGCAUUGAGGGAGAAAACAGGCUUCUCGUCUAUGAAUAUCUCGAGAACAAAAGUCUUGACAAAGCACUCUUUGGCGAAAAAGGCCUGAACCUCAACUGGCUGACACGUUACGAGGUCUGCUUGGGAGUCGCGAGGGGUCUAGCAUAUCUUCAUGAAGAGUCAAGGCUGAGAAUCGUGCAUAGAGACGUGAAAGCCAGCAAUAUCUUGCUUGAUUCCGAGCUGGUCCCCAAGAUCUCUGAUUUUGGGUUGGCUAAGCUCUAUGAUGAUAAGAAGACUCACAUCAGCACCCGUGUCGCCGGAACAAUAGGAUAUCUAGCUCCUGAAUACGCCAUGCGUGGACACCUUACUGAGAAAGCUGAUGUCUUUGCCUUUGGAGUGGUAGCUCUGGAGGUUGUAAGCGGGAGGCCUAAUUCAGACCCAACCUUGGAUGAAGAAAAGAUGUAUCUUCUUGAAUGGGCCUGGUACCUACACGAAAACAACCGGGAAGUAGAGCUGGCCGAUUCCAGGCUCUCCGAGUUCGACGAAGAAGAACUGAAACGCUUCGUAGGAAUCGCUCUACUCUGCACGCAAGCUUCCCCUUCGCUGAGGCCAUCGAUGUCCCGGGUUGUGGCAAUGCUAUCAGGCGACAUUGAAGUGAGCACAGUUACAUCUAGGCCCGGAUAUUUGACCGAUUGGAGGUACGACGAUACGACUGGCAGCUUCAUGAGCGACAUUGCUACCAAAGGUACUACAGAUACCAGCCAUUACACUUCAUCCACGAGCACAUCCAUGGUGGCCGAUUCAGAGGUUUCUCCGCACAAUGCCUCGAAGCCCAUGCUUCAUGGGCUCAUUGGAGAAGGUCGAUAGAUAGACUGAUACACAGAUCACAAGCACAUACGAGGCAUAAUGUUUGAGGAUCUUCAGUUGCACAAUUCAGAAACUCUUUGUCGCAUUCUUGUACAUGUGUUAACUCAUUGUCCGAUUUGAAGCUAAAGGGAGGAUUUUAUCCCUUGCUGUAAUUAGAAGAUUGUAUGCUUGAAUAUUACCACGAUUUGUUUUUCUCAUUUGUUAAUAAUUGAUACGCGGCAUAAAACAAGCAGGAAUUUGAUGAUGGAAUGAAU